AUGGCGCGCCUCGCCGGCCACCGACGCGCCCAAUGCAUAAAGAGGACGGGCCCUUCACGCGCAAUCAAGCCCAAGCCCAAGCCCUUGACGACAAGCCCGAUAAAAGCCUCUAGCCUCGUGACCCCUAGCUACGCGACCACCACGUCCGCCGCCGCCGCCAUAGCCGCGAAUGCCACCAAGCCCAAGCCCAGCGCCGCCGUCGUCUCCAAGCCAGCCGCGUCGGCCAAGACCAGACCCGCCGUUGUAGCCAGCAAAACCAGCACCACCACCACCGCCACCACCACCGCCAAAGCUACCCCCAGCGGCACCCCCGAACCCGCCGCUAGCCCCAGCGGCUCCCCCGAGCCCGCCGCCCGGCCCGCCGAGACCAGGGCGCCCAAGCAUGACGAAGCGGCCGCCGGCCAGGUCGAUGCGUCCCCGGCGACACCAAGCAGCAGUGGAAGUGAUGAUCAGGGCCCGGCACCUGGUCAUGGCCACGGCGGCAACGGCGACGGUAACGGCGACGAUGCUCCCCAAACCAGCUGCACGGGCAGCGAGGGCGGCGACCUGGUGGAUCUUUCCCAAGCUCCCGGGCGCCAAGACGAAGACGACGGCGGAAACGACGCAGCGCAGCCGGUUGCAGCCAAGAACAGCCACAAUCGCAAAAUGCCAGACGGCCCAGCCGACGCAACGCCAGCCCCGCUCCGACCCUUCAGUCGACAAGCUUAA